AUGGUAUCACUUGCAGAAGGUUUCGGUUUCAACACUAAUAUUCUUGAAACGAACGUUCUUAACCUUGCCGUUGUUCUUCCAAUUGUAUUUACACUCGGGCGUGACACACUCACAUCUAUGUUAGAUACACGUCGUGAAAAAAUUCUUGGAAGUCUUCGUAGUGCUGAUGAUCGCUUUAAACAAGCUCAAUUAGAACUUGAUACAGCGAAAGCAGAACUUGCGACUGCAAACGACAAAGUAAAAGAUAUUAAAAGUGAGGGACGUAAAACUCUUGAGGCACUUACUGCUGAGCAAAGCUCACGUAUGGCUGAAGUAGCAACUCGUUUUGCUGGUCUUAAAGAUGAAACAAUUCGUCUUGAAGAAGAGAAAGCAAUUGCACAGUUCCGCAAGCAACUUGUUAAUGUAGCGUUUGAGAAAGCAAUUGUUGGGAUUCAAUCUCAAAUGAAUGCUUCACUUCACCGCAAAUAUAUUGACGCUAAGAUUUCACUUAUGACUUCUCGUCUUUAA